AUGUUUGGUUUGCCCAUUCAGGUUCGUGACACUGGGCUGUCCGUUAAAGAUGAAGUACCGAGAUCAGACGUAAAUAAGGAGUAUUACACUCAGAAUAUGGAGAGAGAGAUCGCUAAUUCUGAUGGCACAAGACCCGUGGGGCUGCUUGGGAAGGCACCGAGCAGCAGCGAUAUGCUGCUGAAACUAGCUCGUACCACACCGUAUUACAAGAGGAACAGACCACACAUCUGUUCCUUCUGGGUGAAGGGGGAGUGCAAGAGAGGGGAAGAGUGUCCGUACAGGCAUGAAAAGCCCACGGAUCCAGAUGACCCAUUGGCUGAUCAGAACAUUAAGGACCGUUUCUAUGGCAUUAAUGAUCCUGUGGCUAACAAACUCCUGAUGCGGGCCACCACCAUGCCCAGACUUGACAUACCGGAGGACAAGUCUAUCACCACUCUCUAUAUCGGAGGGCUGGGAGAAGACGUUACAGACUCUGAGCUCAGGAAUCACUUCUACCAGUUUGGGGAGAUUCGUACCAUCACCAUAGUUCAAAGGCAGCAGUGUGCUUUUAUCCAGUUUGCUACACGGCAGGGCGCAGAGACGGCUGCAGAGAAGUCCUUUAAUAAACUCAUCAUUAAUGGACGUCGGCUUAAUGUUAAAUGGGGCAGGUCACAGGCGGCCCGAGGAAAAGAGAGAGAGCAGGAUGGGGUGACGGAGAGUGGAAUCAGGCUUGAGCCGGUGCCCGGCCUCCCUGGUGCUCUGCCCCCACCCCCUGUGUCUGAUGAAGAUGCCUCCACCAACUACUUCAACCUGGCUCCCACCAGCUCCUCUGCUGUCAUGAACCUGGGACUUCCUCCUCCACCUGGGGUUGCCAUGCCCCCACCGCCUGGUUUUGGUCCUCCUAUGUUCCACACUAUGGAUCCCAUGGCCCCGCCAAUGCCCCCUCCAAUGGCCAUGAGGCCCCCCGGACAGGUCCACUACCCAUCCCAAGAUCCUCAGCGGAUGGGCGCCCAUGCAAGUCGCCAUGGAGGCCCUUAGAUAGUUCUACAGCUACCUCACUGCUCAGCAAUGACCUCUGAACAACUUAACCCAGAGUGAUGUCACCUCUGCCCUCAUUUUUAUGCGUUUAUAUCUGUCUAUCAUUUUCAGAGCAGGCGAAUACUGGAAAAAUACAUCUUAGAAUUUAAACCAUGUCAAAAACUUUUUUUUUAUGCAUAUGAUUUAUAAUAACCCUUGAUGGUUUCUGUUAUCUUUUUGUCAUUUUUUUGUUUUGUAUGUAAUGAUAUGAAACAGAUGCCUUUUUUAG